GCAGAACGGAACAUAUUUAGGCUCACGUCAGCUGACCGGAGUGUUAUUGCUUACGACCUUUCGGGGGUUUGUCCGGCACUGAUAAUAAGCAACCGGAUCAAGCCUCAAACGGAGAAAUUCGUUGCUAGUGCCGGCACAUGAACGCUUUCACAACGUUAUCAUUCCUUUUCCGUAGAGGCGGCGUCUUUCCCAAUGCAGACAUGAGAGUUGCAGCCUGCAUGAGUAGAUCCCUCGGCAGACGCCACGCCUUAAAUGUACCAGAGAUCUGCUGCUGCAUUAUAUGAUGCUUCCAUAUAUUAACAAGUUUCAGACGCGUUCAUGUACUUGACUUAAGAUUACUCAUUUAGCAUAGAACAUCCAAACCUGACAACAGAGUGGCAUCAUGGUCAAAUUCGAUAGUGGUUCUGAGUCCGAGAUGACGAACGGGGACGAGCUUCAUAUCAACGCCAAACAUGAGAUCAAAUCCAGGAUGGCCAACGGGAACGGGGUCCACAACGUCCCCGAACAUGACCAAUUUCAAGAUCAUGCCGAGAUGGAGGUUCUCAUCCUUCCCGACCUCUUCAGCUCACUCAUGUCGGUCCCAGCCCGCGAGAACCCCAACUAUGCCCGCGUCAAAGCCGACGCUGACGAGUGGAUUGCCUCCGUGAUCAACGCCGAUGCCAAGUGGGCCAGCAGAAACAAACGGGUUGACUUCACCUAUCUUGCAAGCAUCUGGGCUCCCGACUGCAGCGCAUUCGCCUUACGUACGUCAGCCGAUUGGAACUCGUGGGCCUUCCUAUUCGACGACCAGUUCGACGAAGGCCACCUGUCCAAUGACCUGGAUGGCGCCGUGAAUGAGAUUGCUAGGACACGUGAGAUCAUGGAGGGUACUGCCCCGCGGUAUACCGCCGACUCAGAACACCCUAUUCGCUAUGUGUUCCAGACGUUGUGCGAUCGCGUGAAGCAAAGCCCAGAGGGUUUCUACGCGGGAAAGCCAUCGUCAGAGCGCUUCUACAGGCGCUGGAAGUGGGCACACGAGCUCUACUGGGAGGGGCUGGUCGCGCAGGUUCGGACAAAUGUGGAGGGCCGGUCCUUCACACGUGGUCCGGACGAAUACCUGGCCAUGCGCCGGGGCUCUCUCGGCGCCUAUCCUGCGCUGGUCAACAAUGAGUGGGCCUAUGGGAUUGACUUGCCCGAGGAGGUAGCGGAUCAUCCUUUAGUGUUCGAGAUCAUGGUCAUCAUCAGCGACCAGAUCCUGUUAGUCAACGACAUUCUCUCCUACGAGAAGGACCUUCGCCUCGGGGUUGACCACAAUAUGGUCCGCCUGCUCAAGGCCAAGGGGCUCUCAACCCAACAGGCCAUCAACGAGGUCGGAGUUAUGAUCAACGACUGUUACAGACGCUAUUACAGAGCACUAUCGGAGCUCCCAUGCUUCGGCGAGGAGGCCGACCGCGCGCUCCUCGGCUAUCUCGAGGUCGAGAAGAACCAUGCUCUCGGUAGCCUGCUCUGGAGCUACAAGACGGGCCGGUAUUUUAAGAGUAAGGAGGAUGGUGCUCGGGUCAGGAAAACGCGAGAGUUGCUUAUACCAAAGAAGAUGGCGGUGUUGUAA